AUUUAAAAGCCGCCCGCUGGCGCGCGUUGAGGAGGCAGGGGUCCGAGCUUGCACGCGCCAGCCCCCAGGUGACAGCCGCGCGCCCCGCCAGGCUCUGGCUGACAAGAUGUGUCCCCAUCAAGGCACUAGAUGAUGACCUGUGUUUAGCGUGAGGUGAAAUGCUGCACCGGCACCCAAGGGCUGGCAGAAAUGGGAGUCUGGCUGAACCGUAGGAAGCCGGCGGUGGCGAGAAGGAGAAGCCACGGCAGGGCUGAGCCCAAGCAGCUGUGGAGUAUGUGAAUGGCCCCCAGAGCCCUAACUGCCCUGUCCAUCAUGGUCCAGAGGCUGUGGGCCAGCCGUCUGCUACGGCAUCGGAAAGCCCAGCUCCUGCUGGUCAACCUGCUGACCUUUGGCCUGGAGGUGUGCCUGGCUGCCGGCAUUACCUAUGUGCCACCCCUUCUACUGGAAGUGGGGGUAGAGGAGAAGUUCAUGACCAUGGUGCUGGGCAUUGGCCCAGUGCUGGGCCUGGUCUCUGUCCCACUCCUAGGCUCAGCCAGCGACCAGUGGCGUGGCCGCUGUGGCCGCCGGAGGCCCUUCAUCUGGGCUCUGUCCCUGGGUGUCCUGCUAAGCCUCUUCCUCAUCCCAAGGGCUGGCUGGCUGGCAGGGCUGCUGUGCCCGGAUACCAGGCCACUGGAGUUGGCCCUGCUGAUCUUGGGAGUGGGGCUGCUGGACUUCUGUGGCCAAGUGUGCUUCACGCCGCUGGAGGCCUUACUCUCCGACCUCUUCCGGGACCCGGACCACUGCCGCCAAGCAUUCUCCGUCUAUGCCUUCAUGAUCAGCCUCGGGGGCUGCCUGGGCUACCUCUUACCUGCCAUUGACUGGGACGCCAGCGCCCUGGCACCCUACCUAGGCACUCAGGAAGAAUGCCUCUUUGGCCUCCUCACCCUCAUCUUUCUCGCCUGCGUGGCAGCCACUCUGUUUGUGGCCGAGGAGGCGGUCCUGGGCCCGCCUGAGCCAGCAGAAGGGCUGCUGGUCCCGACCUCUGUGUCUUCCCGCUGCUGCCCAUGCCGGGUGGGCCUGGCUCUCCGGAAUCUGGGUACCCUGUUUCCCCGGCUACACCAGCUGUGCUGCCGCAUGCCUCGCACCCUGCGCCGACUCUUUGUGGCUGAGCUGUGCAGCUGGAUGGCGCUCAUGACCUUCACGCUGUUCUACACAGACUUUGUGGGAGAGGGGCUAUACCAGGGUGUACCAAGAGCUGAGCCGGGCACCGAGGCCCGGAGACACUAUGAUGAAGGCAUUCGAAUGGGCAGCCUGGGGCUCUUCCUGCAGUGUGCCAUCUCCCUGCUCUGCUCCCUGGUCAUGGACAGGCUGGUGCAGCGGUUUGGCACACGGUCCGUCUAUCUGGCUAGCGUGAUGACCUUCCCUCUGGCUGCUGGCGCCACAUGCCUGUCACACAGCGUGGUCGUAGUAACAGCUUCAGCUGCCCUCACUGGGUUCACCUUCUCGGCCUUGCAGAUCCUGCCUUACACGCUGGCCUCCCUCUACCAUCGUGAGAAGCAGGUGUUCCUGCCCAAAUACCGAGGGGACGCUGGAGGUGGUAGCAGUGAGGACAGCCAGACAACCAGCUUCUUGCCAGGCCCUAAGCCAGGAGCUCCCUUCCCGAAUGGACACGUGGGCCCUGGCUGCGGCGGCAGCAGCCUCCUGGUACCGCCACCUACACUCUGCGGGGCCUCUGCAUGCGACGUCUCCAUGCGGGUGGUGGUGGGUGAGCCACCUGAGGCCAAGGUUGUUCCUGGGCGGGGCAUUUGCCUGGACCUUGCCAUCCUGGACAGCGCCUUCCUGCUGUCCCAGGUGGCUCCUUCCCUGUUCAUGGGCUCCAUUGUCCAGCUGAGCCGAUCUGUUACUGCCUAUAUGGUAUCAGCGGCAGGCUUGGGUCUGGUCGCCAUUUACUUUGCUACACGGGUAGUGUUUGACAAGAACGAUUUGGCCAAAUACUCUGUGUAGAAUGCUGUAAGGCAGUGAGGAGAAAGGGUCUGCCCCCUCGGACGGCUGCUAAGCAGGCCUUUCCAGGGCUGUCUGUUGCCUAAGUGGUGUAGCUCUCUGCUGCCACCCUAAGGCGGUGAGGUGUAUAGUUGCACAGAUGGAAGCUGGGGCGGGCCCGCUGGCGGCUUCUCAUGUGGGAAUCCAUCCGCCUGAAGUUCUGCAGGGAUGCAAACGCAGGUUUGUACAGGUGCGUUACCAAGGCUCAGAGUUAACAGCUAACCUCCUGGUUGAGUCGCCAUGGAAGGAUCUGGGGACCCGAAUGAACUUCCCAGUGAGUCCCUUGUCCAGAUUACGCCGCUUUUGCUCUUGCGUGGGAGUUUCUCGUGGGACGCUCCUCCACACGGGUUUUCGACAGGACGGAAGUUGGAGGGAGGAGCCCGAACAGACAAGGUGAAACCCCACCGUCCACAGCACUGCCCUUCUGCUGCGUCCCUCACCCCCACCUGUUCCGGGAAGUGGCUCGGCUUGUUGGCCUCUGGGUUGCCUUCAUGGAGACACGGGCCUUUAAAUAUUUAAUUUAUUUAUUUAACACAUUAGAAGUAAAAUUCAUUCCCAGCCUUUUUAUGUUGUGCCUACGAGUCGAGCAGGGUGGGCUCUCCAAGAACCGGUUCCCCUUAAAAUAGCUGAUACUGCCAGACUCCUCUUUCUAGGGUGAUAGAUAUGGUCCCCAAAAUACCCAGCCCAGUCCCUUGGGCAAUCUAUUCACCCUAAUUGAGAGCCCCGAGCUGUCCCCACUCAAGGCUGGGCAUUGAGGGAAAGUGGAGUGGGGCUCAAGGUCAUACCAAGUCCCCCUUUUCUCUUGGCCCAGCUUGGCUUCCUGACUCCCCACUGCUCCCUACACGACUGGACCCAUGAAGCCAUUGCCCUUCCAACUCUCCAUUGGCUCCACAAUCUCUAUGUGGGGCUUGUUGAACCCUAAGCACAAAUGUGGUUCCUUAGGCCUCUGCCCACCACAGCCUCUGGGGCAUAUCUGUCACAGCCUGGGGAAUUUCACACAAACUCAGGAGUACUCCCUGCUGGAGCCAAAGAGCUCUUGACUAGGGGGUGGAUUUCAGUGCUGAUUGCAAUAAUGUUGUGUCUUAUUUAUUUAGCAGAGUAAAUAUUUUAUACUGUAUGUGAGAAAUCAGAGUAUAAUGUUUAUGGUGAUGAAAUUAAAAGCUUCUUAUAUGUU